UUCAAAGUUCAUUAGCUCGCCUCUCAAAAUGGCGGCUGAGUCAACACGGGAGUGGAGCGAUGAGCAGCUCAAAAGUGAUGAUUUGCCUAAAAAAGAUGUAAUAAAGUUCCUCCAGGACAAUGCGGCGCACUCGUUCCUCAAUGAACACAAAUUGCUGGGAAAUAUUAAAAAUGUGGCAAAAACUGCAAAGAAAGAGCAGCUGGUCAUUGCUUACAAUCAGCUCUUUGAGAGCAAAAGGUUUAAAGGCACAGAUCCAGUGGAGGACGUAACCGAGCUGGUUAAAGCUGUGAAGGUUGAAGAGAAGCCCAAAGAAGUCAAAGCAGAAGCUGUGGAUGAGGGGCCACCAAAAUAUACCAAAGCGGUGCUGAAGAAAGGAGACAAGACGAACUUCCCAAAGAAGGGGGACCCUGUGAGCUGCUGGUACACUGGUACCCUGGAAGACGGGACAGUCUUUGACACAAAUAUCCCCGCGGCAGCAAAAAAGAAGAAGCAAGCCAAACCUCUGAGUUUUAAAGUGGGCAUGGGCAAAGUCAUCAGAGGGUGGGAUGAGGCCCUUCUGACAAUGAGCAAGGGCGAAACAGCACGACUGGAGAUCGAACCUGAAUGGGCUUAUGGAAAAAAGGGCCUCCCUGAGUCCAAAAUUCCACCGAAUGCCAAGCUGAUUUUUGAAGUGGAGCUGGUGUCUGUGGAUUAAAUAUGUGCCGACAAAAUUUCAAGCUGUUUUUUCCCCCUGAAAAUUUAAGUUUACAGAUUUUGGACUGUACUGCACUCGGCACCGAUAUCUACCGUCAUGCCUUUGUCAGUAUACUCAUCAGGAGCAAAUAAUUGCUGGUCAUUUCAAAUACUGAAUAAAAUAAAUAAAAAGAG